AUGACUGCUACAGAAGAUAUCCAUGAUUUAACUUUAAAAUCAAUUAGAGUUCUAAUCGCUGAUUUGGUUCAACAAUUUAAUGGUGGACACCCAGGUGGUGCUAUGGGAAUGGCUGCUAUUGGUAUUGCGCUAUGGAAAUAUACUCUUGAAUUUUCACCAAAUGAUCCAGGAUACUUCAAUCGUGAUCGGUUUGUCUUAUCAAAUGGACACACUUGCUUAUUUCAAUAUGUUUUUCAGCAUCUUAUCGGUUACAAACAUAUGACUAUGGAUCAAUUAAAAUCGUACCAUUCAUCACGUUUAGAUUCAUUAUGUCCAGGUCAUCCUGAAAUUGAAAUUCCUGGUAUUGAAAUUACAACAGGUGCUUUGGGUCAGGGUAUCUCAAAUGCUGUUGGACUGGCUAUAGCUUCUAAAAAUUUACAAGAAACUUAUAAUAAGCCUGGCUUUCCUGUUGUUUCGAACCAUACUUUUUGCAUGGUCGGUGAUGCAUGUUUGCAAGAAGGGGUCACUAUGGAAGCAGUUUCACUAGCAGGUCAUCUUGGUUUGAACAAUCUUACUGUUAUCUAUGAUAAUAAUCAAAUUUCAUGUGAUGGGUCAGUUGAUUUAACAAAUACGGAAGAUAUCAAUGCUAAAUUUAAAGCUACAAAUUGGAAUGUGAUUGAAGUUUUCAAUGGCUCUGAAGACGUUCUAGAAGUUGCCAAAGCUUUAGCAGAGUCCAAACUAUCAACCGAUAAACCUACACUUAUCAAUGUUCAUACAAAUAUUGGUAUUGGAUCAAACGUUGAAAAUAAUUGUUCAGCUCAUGGUGCUGCUUUUGGAGAAGAAGAAGUUGAUAGACUUCAUAUUAUCAAUGGAUUUGAUCCAGGGCUCAAAUAUCAUAUUCCGGCAGAAGUUUACGAGUUCUUUGGUGAUCUCGUUGACAAAGGUGAUGCUUAUACGCAAAAAUGGUCUAAAUUGGUAGCUGAAUAUGUCUUCAACUACCCAGAGUUGGGUGUGGAUUUCCAAAGAAGAGUCAAUGGUGAGCUACCAAAUGACUGGAAAAAUUAUAUUCCAUCAAAGUUUUCUGCUUCACCAACACCAUCAAGAGCAUCAAGUGGUUCUGUUGUUAACCCUUUGGCAAAAAACAUUAACAAUUUCAUUGUCGGUUCUGCAGAUUUAUCCCCUUCUGUUAAUCUAAUUUGGGACAAAAAGGUUGAUUUCCAAAAUCCACAAGUCAAUACUUCAUGUGGUAUCAAUGGUGACUACUCUGGUCGUUAUGUUCAUUAUGGUAUUAGAGAGCAUGCUAUGGCUGCUAUUUCUAAUGGUAUUGCUGCUUUCAACAAGGGUACAUUCAUUCCUGUCACAUCUACAUUUCUUAUUUUCUACCUCUAUGCAGCACCAGCUGUUAGGUAUGGUGCAUUAUCUGAUCUGAAGGUCAUUCAUGUUGCUACCCAUGAUUCAAUUGGAAUGGGUGAAGAUGGACCAACACAUCAGCCUAUAGAAAUUGCUGCUCUCUUUCGCUCAAUGCCAAAUCUCAAUUAUAUUCGUCCUUGUGAUAGUGAAGAAGUUGCUGGUGCUUGGGAAAUUGCUUUAGAAGCUAAUGGUCCAACAAUUUUAUCUUUGUCUAGACAUAAACUCAAUCAGUAUCCUGCCAAUUCGAAACGUGAGUUAGUGAAAAAAGGAGCUUAUAUUUUUAAAGAUAUCGAAUCACCUGUAUUGAAUAUCAUUGGUGUUGGUGCUGAAAUGGGGUUUGCUUAUGAAUCUGCUGAAUUAUUAACUAAAUACGGGUUACCUUCAAGAGUUAUUUCAUUUCCUUCCCAAAAAAUAUUUGAAGAACAAUCUACUGAGUACAAACGGUCUGUGUUGCAAAGAGGCCAAAUUCCAACCAUUGUUAUUGAAGCAUACGCACCAAAUGGAUGGGAAAGAUAUGCUAAUGCUGGCUUUAGUAUGCACACAUUUGGUAAGUCAUUGCCUGGUAACGCCGUCUAUGAGUAUUUUGGUUAUAAGGUUGAUUCAAUUGUUGAACGUAUUAAGUCUUAUAUGAUCCGUGUACAAAAAGAUAAGUCAAUUUUAUGGGAAUUUCAAGAUUUAAAUUGUUAA